AUGUCUGAAGAGAAUUUGACAUCAAACAUUUCACAAUUGUCUCUGGAUCAAAAUGCCAAUACGGGCAUUCAGAUGAAAAAAAACCGUAGGCCAAACAGAGCUUAUCAUAAUAUGGCUACUGUUGUACCACCAAAUGCCUUUGCCACUCCACCAAUGCCAACACCUCCUGAAUUUGGUAUGGCUGAUUCCCAAAAUAUGAAUAGUCCAAACAAUAGAGUGUUUACACCAAAGGCUUUUAAUAGUCCUGUGUCAUCUGCAACAAAAGAUAACUUUGGCCAUGUUAGACACGCGUCAGUUGCAAGCCCAAUUCAAAAUACAUCCCAUUUAGUUCCAACACAGAGAUGGGAAGAUCAAUUAAACUAUUUACAAAAAGGUUUUGAAACGGCAACUGAUUCUGUUCCACCUUUAUCUACCACACAAUUUUAUUGUGCUGAUCAAGGUACCUGUGAUCCACGUUUAAUGAGUUUAUCCAUGUACAAUGUUCCAAGAGAUGAAUUGAUGAGGGCUGCAACGAAAUUACCAUUAGGUGUUACCGUUCAACCUUUUGCUACCAUUGUUCCUACUGCGCCUGUUCCCGUAGUUGAAAUUGAAAGUGAUCAUGGCCCAUUGCGUUGUAGACGUUGUCGUGCUUAUGCUAAUCCUAAAUUUCAAUUCACUUAUGAUUCUCAUGCGGUGUGUAAUAUUUGUAAGGUCAAAAUGCCAAUUCCAUCAGAACACUUUGCACCAAUGGGCAUUGAUGGCAGACGGUCCGAUAUUGCUACAAAACCAGAAUUACAUAGAGGUAGUGUAGACUUCAAAGUUCCACCAUUAUACAAUGCCGUCAAAGAGGUUGAACCAAUGCCAUUGCAUUAUGUAUUUUUAAUUGACGUUUCUGUAUUGGCUAAUGAGAAUGGCAGUUCAUUGGCCGCUAUUGAUUCUGUUAGAUCUUCUAUUGAUUUCAUUGCCGACAAUCAACCAAAUUGUAAAGUUGCCAUUAUUGCCUAUGAUAACAAAUUAAAGUUUUACAAUUUAAGACCAGAUGCGGAAACUACUCAAGAAUAUAUUGUUUCCGAAUUAGAUGACGUAUUUUUACCAUUUUAUAAUGGUAUGUUUGUUAAGCCAGAUGAUGCUAUUAAUGUAAUUUAUGAUACCCUUAGAAAAAUUGAAAACUUUGUUAAUAUGGACAAAUAUAGUCAUGUCGCCUAUUCUUGUUUUGGAUCUGCUUUACAAGCAGCUAAACUAGCCUUGGACACCAUUACCAAGGGUAAUGGUGGUAAAAUUAUUUGUACCUUGAAUGCGUUACCUAAUUGUGGUAAUGGUAUCUUGGUUAACAAAAGAGAUGAUGCUACAAGAAAAAACUUGAAAUGUGACAGUGAUUUUUACAACAAGAUUGCAUAUGAUUUAUUAAAAUCUAAUAUUUCAGUUGAUACCUAUGUUACAAAUGCUGGUUACAUUGAUAUGGCUACAACUACUUUCCCUUCACAAGUUACAUCAGGUUUGGUCAACUAUUAUCCUCACUUCCGUCAUGGCGUAGAUGAUGGACGUAUUAUUAACGAUAUGAUUCAAAACAUUUCCAACAUUGUAGGUUAUCAAGGUGUUUUCAAAGUACGUAGUUCUAAUGGUAUUUCUCCAUUUGAAUAUUACUUGGAAUCUGCUGAUGGUAUUACCCGUGAUCCUUUAGUUUCUUGUUUGACCAAAAAUACAAUUAUCGAUGUCUUAUUUAAAUACGAUGAAAAACUUAAAUCAGGUGAUGAUGUUCAUUUCCAAGCUGCAUUGUUAUAUACUGAUAUUGAUGGUGUUAGAAAAGUUCGUUGUUUGAAUGCAUCGGGUGCUGUCUCUGAUAGUGUCAGAGAAGUCUUCAAAUUUAUCAAUCAAAAUGCUGUAGCAAGAAUAAUGAUUAAAGAUGUUAUUGAAACGCUGGGCGAUUGUAAUUUUGCUGAAACUAGAAGAAUCAUAGAUUCCAAAAUGUCUGAUAUCUUAACUCAAUAUAGAGCUUUAGUGAGUGGCAGUUCCUCUACUCAAUUAGUAUUACCUGAUACUUUGAAGACAUUACCUGUUUAUAUGCUUUCUUUUCAAAAAUCUGAGUUAAUGAGACCAAAUCAUCAAAGUUCUCGUGGUAAUGAUAGAGUUUUUGAUAAAUUAAAAUAUUCUCAAUUCAAUAGUGCUCAAUUAUCUUAUAAAUUAUAUCCACAAAUUAUCCCAACUCAUGUCUUAUUAGAAUCUCAUGAUUUAACAUUCUUUGAUGAGAAUGAUCAAUUGAUUCAAAUUGGUCAAGAUUCAGUAGAAAAUUUGUCAGUAAGAGCCGGUUACUCCCAUUUCCAAGAUGGUGGUGCUUAUUUAAUCUUCAAUGGUGAAGUCGUUUACUUAUGGUUUAACGAACAUACUAAUAGAAUGCUAUUACAAGAUUUAUUAUCUGUGGAUCCAUCCAUUGAAUUAAACCAAAUAUCAUUAUUUAGUGGGUCAUUACCAGAAGCUGAUACUGAUAUCAACAGAAAAGUAUCCAAUGUAUUACAAUAUUGGCGUCAAAUUACAAAUAGAAAUUAUAUUCCUCUAGUCUUAUUAAGGCCAAAUAUUGACCAAUAUUAUAGCAGUGUAAUUUCCCAUAUUUUUGUGGAAGAUCAAUCAAUGAGUAAGAUCGAAGCCGCUGAUAAUUAUUUGGUAACAUUACAUCGUCGUAUUCAAGAUAAUUUGAAGAAACAAAAUUUUAUCAAGGCAGGUAAAUAA